AUGUCUCUCACCAAUGAUGACAUCAUUUGGUAUUCUUAUAUUUACGACAAUAUUGAGAUUAUUGAUAGUUAUGGGGAGUUCUCUUAUGUGUCUCUUCUUGGUACACAAGGAGGAAUCAACUAUAACCUGGCUUUGGCAAUACAUCAAUUUGGGUUCUUUAUGAAAGACAAACCAAAUAACACUUUGUUAGAAGGUUUAUUUUUCCAAGAAGGGAAAUACACUAAAGGAUUAUGGGGUAUAAUGGUGCAUGCUUGGCACAAUAUUCAUAGGAAAGUAAAAAGUGAGUUUGGAUUGAAGAAUUGUGUAGAUUUGGAGCCUUACACUAGUUGGGUGAAUAGGAGAGCAAAAGAAUUCAAGAUUCCUUACGCUUAUGAGAAACCUAUGUCUUUAGUAGUGGCCACAUCACCCACUAUUCAUAUUAAAGGCAUAGAAGAGUUUCAAGAAGCUUUGGUUAGGAUGGAGCAAGAAAAGGAUGCUUGGGAAGACGAGUUUCAUGCUUCAAACCUCAAGAAGAUAGAAUUGCAGAAGGAGUUGAAGGACAUGGAUGACUUGAUAGAGUUGCUUGAGCAACGUGCCAUGAAGAGGUCAAGGAACCAAGAGGAUUUAUUUUCCUCUAACAUUUCAUCAUCUACUAAUCUUCCUAUUUCCAGUGUUUGGAAAGACAUUGUAGAUCAGCUUGUGAUGGAGAAGGAUGUCAUGAAGAAUAACUAUGAAAGAGAGAUCAAAAGACUUCACAAGAAGUAUUAG